AUGGCGAUCUUUAGUGUGUAUGUGGUGAACAAAGCGGGCGGCCUGAUCUACCAGCUGGACAGCUACGCGCCACGGGCCGAGGCUGAGAAGACUUUCAGUUACCCUCUUGAUCUGCUGCUCAAGCUGCACGACGAGCGUGUGCUAGUUGCCUUCGGCCAGCGCGACGGCAUCCGGGUGGGCCACGCAGUGCUGGCCAUCAAUGGCGUGGACGUGAACGGCAAGUACACUGCCGAUGGGAAAGAGGUGCUGGAGUACCUGGGCAAUCCUGCCAACUACCCGGUGUCUAUUCGAUUCGGCCGACCCCGCCUCACCUCCAAUGAGAAGCUUAUGCUGGCCUCUAUGUUCCACUCGCUGUUCGCAAUUGGUUCCCAGCUGUCUCCAGAACAGGGCAGCUCAGGCAUUGAGAUGCUGGAGACCGACACGUUCAAACUGCACUGCUUCCAGACACUGACAGGGAUCAAGUUUGUGGUGCUGGCAGAUCCUAGGCAAGCGGGAAUAGAUUCUCUUCUCCGAAAGAUUUAUGAGAUCUACUCAGACUUUGCCCUUAAGAAUCCAUUCUACUCCCUGGAAAUGCCCAUCAGGUGUGAGCUGUUUGACCAGAACCUAAAGUUAGCCCUGGAGGUGGCAGAGAAGGCUGGAACUUUUGGACCUGGAUCAUAGGCUGAGCCUGCAAUGGAUCCCCCACAUUUUGAGAGAUCCUUCAGCAGGUAUCCUGCUGUUUCCACUCCGAUGGAGAUGCCCACAGCCUCGUUAGUGCCCUUGGAGAUGGGAGGGUGCUGAGCCUGAUGACGUGUACUGAUCCCUGAGCCUUAAUACAUGCUCUGCCCUCCUGUAUCUCUUGUGGGCCUACUUCCCAACUCUGUACAGGUUUAUUUAUGGAGGGAGUAGACCCAUAAAUGCUAAAUAAAUAAACAUUCCUUUUACCUGUG